GAAAAAAAAAAAAAAAGGAGCCAUGGCGGCGGCGCUCUGGGCAUGGGGGGCGACGCGGCGCGUGUUGUCAGCGCUCCGAGACCGGAGCCCGGGGCUUGCGGCCAUGUCAUCAGGCACUCACAGGUUGACGGCAGAAGAGAGGAAUCAAGCUAUACUCGACCUUAAAGCAGCAGGAUGGUUGGAGUUAAGUGAGAGAGAUGCCAUCUACAAAGAGUUCUCCUUCCAAAAUUUUAAUCAGGCAUUUGGCUUUAUGUCCCGAGUUGCCCUACAAGCAGAGAAGAUGAAUCAUCACCCAGAAUGGUUCAACGUAUAUAACAAGGUCCAGAUAACGCUCACCUCCCAUGACUGUGGUGAAUUGACCAAAAAAGAUGUGAAGCUGGCCAAGUUUAUUGAAAAAGCAGCUGCUUCUGUGUGAUUUCUUCCAAAAUCCAUGUGAAAUCUUGUACAUAUCUUAGCUGCAAUGUAUACUGAAGGAAAUUUACUUGAACAAAUUGAGUUGUUCUUAAGGCAUCAUAUCUAGAGGCAAAAAAAGAAAAAUAACAAUUUAAGUCAUGUAAAUUUGGUUUGCCUUUGUAUACUACAUUUGGUAAAAUCAUUGCUUAAAUAUGAAAUGAUUUAAACUUGAA